AAUGUAGAAUGAAGAAGCUGAUCCUCGACGUUGACACUGGAGUCGGUGAUGCUCAAGCCAUCAUGAUUGCCCUCACUGCUCCAGAUGUGGAGGUUUUGGGGAACUGCUGCCACGGCAACACUCCUCUGGAGAACGUCCUCACAAACACCCUGCGUGUCCUGAAAGUCUGCAACAGGCUGGAUAUUCCAGUUUAUAAGGGUUUCUCGAAGCCUCUGCUGGCCAGAAAACAGCACGCAUCAGAUUAUCAUGGGAAAGACGGACUCAGAGACGUCCCAGACCCAGAUGCUCCAAGUGUGGAGCUGCUGCAGAAGAAGAAAGCUGCACAGGCGAUGCUUAAAAUUACAAGGGAAAAUCCAGGAGAGGUGAUACUUGUGGCUACUGGACCCCUGACUAACCUUACAGUCGCUGUGCAGCUGGACCCUUCCUUCCCCAAAAAACUAAAAGCGCUCUACAUCUUGGGAGGAAACACUCAACCUCAGGGUAACACCACUCCAUGUGCUGAGUUCAACGUUGUGGCCGAUCCUGAAGUGGCUUUCAUCGACCGCUACACCUGUCCCACCUACAUCGCUGCGUGGGAGUUCAGCUGCAAGAGCAGCCUCUCAUGGUCUUUCUGAGACGAGUGGCUGUCCGUAAAGACAGAGACGGCCGCUUUCAUCAGGAAGAUAUCAGAUCUUUCAAUGAAAGUAAGUUCAGUAUAAUGCAAUGUCUUUACAGCUGUUUGCAGCAGCUGUGUUGUCUUGUUUAAUGUGUGCGCAGAAAGCUCAUUCAGAUGAGUAUCAGUCGACGACGGAUUCAUAACGGAGAGUGAGCAUGUGGCAGUGACAGUGGAGCUGAAUGGGAAACACACCCGGGGUAUGAUGGCCGUCAUCAUGAAAACAGCCGACCUGGAGAAGCUGAAGAAAAUGCUGCACAACGCCGUAAAGUAGAAACAUCACCAUGUAACACGAGGAGAACCUGAAAUGAGCUUUUGGGUUUCAAUUUACAACACGGUUUAAAGCAAGCAUUUUUACAAAUCCUUCAGCCAGCAUUAAGCUGCAGAUAGAGGAAAAUUGGAUUGGAUCUUUUAUUUUUCUUGUUUAUGUUUUCUUUUUAGGUUAAACUUUAAAAUUUAACCCUGUUUUUGAAAACCAGGCAAGUGGUUGCUCUGGAUUAUAUUUUGGCAUUAAGACAGUACAACCAGGUGAAUGUUUAUGUUUUUAUCCUCUACUGACAGAUUUUUAUGAGUUUUAAUGAACAGAAAAUGUUUUGGAGAAUGAAGAACUCUAGUUGCGUAAUAAACCUUUGCUAUCAUAUACAGAUGUUUUUUGUGUUUUUAUGAAUACACCUAGUUCCUUGACCAUCACCUUUUCUGUGGUUGUAAGAUCUAAAAGAAUCUAAUCAGAGCUUUUAAUCUCUGUGCAAAUGAGCUUCUAUUUAUGAGGUAAACGUUGAAAUAAAUUGUACUCGCACUUCAUAGCAACCUAAAGUUGUUUCAAGCUGCAGCCACUGAAACUGAAGCAGCCUGUUAAAACAGGUUUUCUGUCAGUUCCAAACUUUUGGCCAAGACUUUUUGUUAUCAUAAUUAAGAUUUGAUUCAUCUGUGCCAAUAGAUCUGCUGCCAUAAGUACAAAUUAGUUCAUAUUUAGCAGGUGAGCCAUUUUUUUCCUUGCAUGAACUUGUCAAAUUAUGAUGCGACAGUGCAUUUGCAAAGUAUUCUCAGGGUCUCAGUUUUUGGACAUUUUAUGUUAGAGACUAUUUCCAAGUGCAUCAAUUUUUUUUAAUUUUUGCAUUAAAAUCCUGCACAGGAUCCUCCAUAAUGCAAAAGUGAGAUAAUUUAUUGCAAACAACUUAAGUAAAAUCCUUCAAGAACCCUUCAGGCAAAGACUCAAUUAUAACUAAGGAAGUCAGAACAGAGACUUAAACCUCAAUCAAUUCUUAAAGGUCUAAAUUAGUGUUGACAUUACAGAGAUUUAAUCCAAUGCAAUAAAUAUCACAAGAAAACAUUUUUUUAAAUUCCCAGUAGAAGGCUAACACAUGCUGAAGAACUACAGGGAAAUGUGGGUUUCUCCUCCAAGCACCCAAACUGAGGUAGUUUAAUUUAAUAAAACCCUUUAUUGAAAGUGCUUUGGAAUGUACACUUUAAGGAAAAAAGAAAAACCAUCUGCAUCCCAUGUGUCUUAACUUCUUCAAGCAGGAUUAUCUAUGUUUUUUUUUU